AUGAGUGCUCCUGAUGCCCGUGCUUUUCCUUUGGCCGAUGCCGCCACUACCCAGCAGAUCUUAGAUCUUGUUCAGCAAGCAUCUCACCUUCGACAGCUCAAGAAGGGUGCUAAUGAGGCUACCAAAACCUUGAACCGUGGUAUCUCUGAGUUCAUUGUCAUGGCCGCUGAUGCCGAACCUAUUGAGAUUGUUUUGCAUCUCCCCUUGCUCUGUGAGGACAAGAACGUCCCUUAUGUCUUUGUUCCCUCGAAGGUUGCUCUUGGUCGUGCUUGUGGUGUCUCUCGUCCCGUCGUUUCUGCCUCAGUCACCUCCAACGAUGCCUCUCAGCUCAAGGAGCAGAUCUACCAGCUCAAGGACAAGAUCGAGCGCCUUCUUAUUUAA